AUAAGCGCUCCCAGUCCCCCGGUGUUGGCUAGCGAUCGUACGUAGUUCGUCUUUCGUUGGAGCACACACCGCUUCUCCCAGUAAGCGAUGUGAAAGGCGAUUAAUUCGUUACGGCAACGGUUGCUAUACGGUUCAGCUCUAUUUUACUGUUCGUCGUGCGUGUUUUUGUGUGCGCGCCCCCUUUUGGUGUUGGAAGAUCGUUGGUACACCAAAGCGUCGUGUGUUUGUUCAUUAGUCAUCGUUAGAAGACAGCGCUUAGAUUACCACCGUUUUAUCCGCUUUCGUGCAUAGGACUUUCUUCAUGUUACAAAAAAAAAACAGAUAAUGUGUAAUUCCGUGUGUAGGUAACUCUUGAAAAUGUAUAUUCUAUGUGUUUGUACGUGUGUGAUUUCCUAUGUGAGUGUCUGUUAGUGUGCGUGUUGAAAGUUUUGCAAUUUGACCGAUAAAAAACGUGAAUUUGAGAAAAAAAGGAAAUUGCAUUAAAAAACAUUGCAUUGGGGCAUUCGAAAAGACUCUCAAAAAUUAAACUCUACUAUAAAUCUGCGCCACUUAGCGCGUAUCGGAUCGUUAAGAGAGUUUCUACCGUAUACGGUAGACGAAAAAAGGCUUCACCAUUCGGGUUAAGAAUCGAGAACCUGUGCCGGUGUACGCGGCGAUGGAGCCAAGUGUUUGCCGGACAGAACGGGACACUGACUCCGACCUUGGCGAUGAUUCACCGUUGUCCCACACGGCAGACGAACACUCCGAUCGCGAGACGGAUCCCGGCCGGGACGGUGAGUCGAGCGACGAGGGCGUUAAUGUGAAUCGCCCGUCGCCGGACGCAAAGAUGACAUCCGGCAUGGAGUUUGGCAGAAGUCCAGACCAUCACUCGGAGCUAAGCCAGGCAACGGCCGCUGCAGCAGCGGCAGCCGCAGCAGCAGCCGCAGCCGCCCAGUUCGGGGCCAACCAUCCGCUGGGCGUGCUGAGCAAUCUGACGGCGCUCAACAUGAACGUACCGGGGCUGUCCGGGCUGGCGUCGGGGCUGGCUGCGGGACACCAUGGGGACGUGCUCGAAAAGCUGAAAAUGCAGGUGCGCGACAUGAAGGUGGGCGCACUGAUGGGCGAACAAAUGGCGGCUGACUUUGCGGCGCUCCAUGCUGCCUCGUCGCCGUUCGGGGCCGCUCUCGCCGCCAGCACUGCCAACGGAGCCGGCAACGGCAUGGGCAUGUUCGGUUCCGGUAGAGAUGAUGCACGGGGUGGAAGUGGUGGGAGUGGUUCUAGUGGUGGUUCUAUGAAUGUUGGCAGCGGCGGAGGAGGAGGAGGUGGAGCUGCUGGAGGAGGUUCACAAGCGCAGACGGGGCCACAGAAUGGGAGCAAUUUUUCCUUCACCCUUCCGAAUGCACCGAUCAGCAAGGAUGGCAAUCCCGGUUCCAAUUCGUCAACCUCGAGUGAAACGUCGAACUCGUCGCAACAAAACAACGGCUGGAGCUUCGAGGAGCAAUUCAAACAAGUACGACAGGUAAGCCACCAACACAAAGCGCUAAAUCGGAACAGUGUAUGGCUAACACUAUACGAAAUCAACGAUGACCCGAAGCGGAAGGAAUUUCUGGACGAUCUGUUCCUGUUCAUGCAAAAGCGAGGCACUCCCAUCAACCGUUUGCCGAUCAUGGCCAAAUCGGUGCUGGAUCUGUACGAGCUGUACAACCUCGUUAUCGCACGCGGAGGGCUUGUCGACGUUAUCAACAAAAAGCUGUGGCAAGAAAUCAUCAAAGGACUGCAUCUACCUUCCAGCAUCACCAGCGCUGCAUUUACCCUACGAACACAGUACAUGAAGUAUCUCUAUCCGUACGAGUGCGAGAAGAAGAACCUGAGCACACCGGCAGAACUGCAGGCGGCCAUCGAUGGAAACCGGCGCGAGGGUCGUCGCUCUAGCUAUGGCCAGUUUGAUUCGCCCUCAGUGCAACGUUCGCCGAUUCCGCAAGGCAUUUCCCAGAUGCCGCCCCUGUCGCUGGUGUCGCACGUCAACCAGCAGCAGCACCAUCACCGGCUGCUGCCACCGGUCGGCCAAAUACCGAACAUGCUGCCGGCCGAGUUCGAGCAGCGCAUGCUGAACUACAUCAAGAUGUUCCAGCCGAAGGAGAUGGGCCGCUCGCAGAGCCCGGACAAGCUGUCCGCCCUGAACGCGAUCGACAUUUCGCGCGUCGCCCUGUGGAACAUGUACAACCCCAGCCCGAACAGUCCACCGAACUCGCUCAACACUAGCCCGGAAAACAACAUGCAAAGUGCUCUCGAUCUGUCGGAAUCGCCCGAUCAUGCAAUGGCAGCGAUCAAACGUGAACGGGACCAUCCGGUCGACUUUAGCGAUCCGCGUGACUACGGCAACGGGCUGGGACCGCCGGCCAAGCGCAGCCACCAUCAUCACCACUCGCACCAUCACAACCGCUCGCUAACGCCCCAGAAGCUAAACAGUUCCUCGCAGGACGAAGAUGACGCCCGGUCGGACAGUACACCGGUCAACCUGCGCGAGAAUGGAUCGCACGGCCGUCGUGCCACGCUUGAUGACGACGGUGACGACGAGGAAGACGAAAUGGAGGACGAAACGACCGACGAGGACAUGCUGCGGGCAUCGUUUGCUGCGGCCGCCGCCGCCGCUGCCGUCAACCAGCACCCGCUCGCGCUCAGCCUUGCAGAUCACCAUCUUCAACAGCAGCAGCAGCAGCAACAACAACAGCAGCAGCAGCAACGUGAGCGAGAACGUAUUCAGCAGCAAGUGGCCGCCCAGCAACAGCAGCAGCAGCAGCGCGAACAGCAACACAGUCUCGCCACGCUCGAUCUGAGCAUACUGGACCGCGAGCGGCUACGCUGUGACAGUGCCGACAAGCUGAAGCGCCAAAGCCAACAACAGCAGCAACAGCAGCAACAGCAACAACAGCAGCAGCUGUUGGAUCAGCAUCAUCUGCACCAAAGGCAAUUGCAGCACCAGCAGCAGGCGCGUGUUGCGCGCGAACUGCGCAAGCACGAGAACGGCGAUCGGCUCAGCCUGACGCCGGACAGCAGCGAGCUGCUGCACCACUCGAAGAAUCAUCUAUCGACGAGCGGUGGCGGUGGUGGAGCCGGUAGCGAUCCGUUCAGCUCUCCGCUUGGCAUUACCGGCAUGCAGUUUAAGCUGAUCAGUCGAGGCGACGCUAGCAAAGGCGACCAGAAGCUGGUGGUCACGAUGGAGUUCAAUGGCGUCCAGUACGAGGGUGUCCUGUUCGCGAACCCGCUCUCCUCCGCCAACCUGUCAGCGCCGCCGGCCUCGACGCCGCCCUCCUCGUCCGUGUCGGCUACUUCGGCCUCCCCGAUCGGUUCCAUGGUAUCGCCGGUCAAAUCGAGUGCCGCCGCCCACAUCGCGUCACCCCUCGACGAGCGUGAUUCGUCCGCGUCCGCGAACAUUGACGUGGCGGCGAUGGGCAGUGCACUGGCAGCAACCGCAACCGUGACCAGCAACGCCAGCAGUAAUGCCACCUGCAUCCAGCAGCAACCACUGGACGGUGCAGUAACGCCACCAGCAGCCCUCUCGAUCACUGCACCUUCGGUUGGUGCCUCAAGCCCUGCCAGGUCGUUAGUUUCAUAGGCUAGCAAAGACGCUUCGACGACCUCCCUCCCAAGCGCUCUCUUUUCCCUUCACUCUCUCCCUCUCACUCUCUCUAUCUCUUCUUCUCUCUUUAUCAAGACAAGAGAACGGCUCGCUGAAAAGGAUAUAAAAACGAUAGGAUUACAAAAAAGGCGCUCUCUUCUAUAUGAUCCUCACCUCACCUCGCUUCUGGUUUAGCGUUUAAAUGCGUUACAAGUCCGCUUUCCCUCUUUGUUUGUGCCCCGGGGAGGGGGAGAUGGGAGGAUUGGAAGCUUAGCAGUAGCUCCGAUAGAGAUGCUAUUUUAUUUUUUUAAUGUUAUAAUACACACACGUACAUACAGCAUGUACACGAAUGUUUGUAAGCAAAGGGAGUAACUUAUACUGUUAGCAAGGUUAGCGCGUAAACGAAUUGCGAUUGAUACGGGCCGCCCCUUCCUAUAUCGUUUUAUCGACUUAACAUGAUAUCCUUGUAGAGUUCACACACACAUACACGGUUUAUGAUAUAUUAUAUACAUAGAAGGUACGUUUUUUAUCAUUUCAUCCGCAUAACGUGCGGAGUGUUAAGCGUAAGGUGAUCGUCGAUAAUUUUGUGACUCGAAAUGUUUCUCUUAAAAAACUGUUCCAUAGUGCAGCUAAAGCAUUCGAGUGCAUGUCACAGUGUGUGCAGCAUUGUACAAUUACGGCGAGACACUGAGAGGAGGGAUUAAGGAUAUAAGGAGAGCGAGCGCAUUAUAAAACGACUUACUCUCUAUCUCUCUCUCACCUACUGAACGAUGAUCAAAAUAUAACUGAUAGCGAACAAAAAGCAAGCGCAUCGAGAAUAGAGGAGCAAAAGAUGCAGAAAAAGCUUAACGAAUAUAGUCUCUAGCCUAGGAGUGUUCGAUGGUAUAGUUUUUUUUGUGGUAGUGUUAGUAGCAAGUAGGAAUGUUUUACGAAAAUGUCUUCUUUACUUAACUUUUAUUGCAAUGUUGUGCGUGUAUUUUUUUAAUUAUAUCGAACGCGUUCGAAAGCGCAUUUGGAUAGGCUUAGAGGAGGGACAAACAGAGGAGAGAGUGAGUGAGAGAGAAAUAAAGAGAGAGAUACAGAGAGAGAGAGAGAGAGAAACAGAGGCAAAUGUCCUGAGAUACUAAACCCUCGCGAACGAUUUAAUUAAGUGCUUAAGUUUUACUCUUACUGUCCCUUUUUUUAUUUCGCAUUAAAAUUAUAAACCCAUCGGAUACACACAUAGUUAGGUGGAGAUGGCAAAUAGUUUUAUUAUUUUUUAUAUCAUCCUCUUUCUUCCUUCUUUUGCAUUCUUCGGUACUUUUCCUUUUUUUGUUUUUAAUUUGCUCUUCUUCCGAACCAAAAAUUAUGUUUAAUAAGCCAAUGGAUGAUUGCAACGUGUACGUGUUUUCUUUAACACUGUGUUAAGUGUGCUUUUUUUCUACGAACCUAUUUCCCUUAUUUACUUCUGCUCUUCUCCUGUACAAACACUUUACACCGGACACUGGUGCUUAAAUAAGAAAUCAUGAACAUGAUACAGAGCUAAACAAAGCAGGACACACGUUUAUACGAAAUUGUAUUUUGUAGUUUCUUUAAUUGUGUUUUAGUGUUUCCGUUUUCUUGUUCUUUUUUUUACAAAAUCAGAAAGCUAGCCAAAAAGAAAAAGAAAAAAAUACGGAACGCUUAGUAGUAGUAGUAGCGCGCGUUAGUGGAGAGUAGGGAAUUUGCUCUCGUAGUACACGACAUAGGUUGGUUUAAUAAUGUAGCAAUCCAUUAGCACAGCAUACAAAAACAAUAACUUGUACAAUAUACAUAAGCGAUAGGGUGGUCGACAGAGAGACAAACAAGGGGGCAGGAAUGUGUGACUUAACAUUCGUCAGAAAAGAAAAGCAAAAAAUAUGCAUACUGAAUCUAGCCAGAGCAAGCAAAAAUGAUGAAAAAGAAAACGGGAAUAUAUGCAACUACAUUAAUCAGCAAUCUUUGUAGCACUAUGACUAAAGCAAAAAAUAUGCAAAGCCCCCCCGAAUUAGGCGUAUAAUGUUUAGCUCUAUGCAGCUGCCACUAAAAGCAGUAAUAGAAGUAGUAGUAGUAGUAGUGGUAGUACAGGUAGUAGUGACAGAUAGUGAUAGUGAAAUUAUUCAAAGUUGCAUAUAAUUCAUGUGGCGCUUUUUCCAGACCCACCCACAACAUCCCACAUAAGUCGGCGCUGGUAGGAUGAGUUUUUCCCUCCUCUUUCUCUUCAUUGUCGUUUCGUUAGUUGCAUACCACGUUAGGGCAUAGCAGGCGGCUGUUCAGUUUUCCGUUCCGUCCCGCGGAGACGCGGCACAGUGUGUGUGUGUGUGCGUCUGCUGUUGCUGCUGCCAUGUGCGUGUCGAUGUGUGGCUCCAGUAAGCGAAUGUUAGUAGGGUGGGGGAAGGGGGGAAUGGGGGGUUCGAAGAGACAAUGUGCUCUCUGUUACACCUUUCCCUAUAAUAUUUGAAAUAAAUUAAUGCACUUGUAUUAAAAC